CGAUCACCUUCGCGUUUAUUCACGAGUCGAGAGUUGAACAGAGCGGAGUGAUUAUUGCUACUUUCGCGAAGAUUUUUUUUGUCCUUCCCAAUUGUGCCCAAACAUAUUGAAAGUCUAGAGAUUAUCAACGAGUCGCUGAAGGAUCAUCGCCGAUCGUAUUUCGAACAAAUGUAUACAUAAUUUAAGUGCAAGCAAGCUGAGAAGAGUGAAGCCUGUGACCUUUGCGAACUAGACAAAAUAAGCGAAAAUUCGAACAAGAGGUGAUAAUUCGGUUGAACGUUCUUUAAGUGUGGCAGAUUAUCUCAGCAGUACACGAAGAUUCAGUGAAUCGGCACAAGUUCAGUAAUUGUUUACCAAGCAAGAGAAGAUGAAUUUACAUCGUUGAUAACUGUUAUCACCGCCACAAUAUAUACCCAUAAUAGCGCUGCUAGCCAAGUGAACACAUUUAACUAGCGUGCUAGUAUAAGCGUGUAGAUCAGCGAACAAAAAAACUGCAAUAAAGCUGAGAAGCGUUUGAGCAUAAACAAAGUUGCGAGUGGAAAAGCGUGCAAACGGUUGCUAUUAGUACGGAUUUAGCUAUACGAAACCAGCGGAGCAUACAAGAGUAAAAACAUAUGCUAGCAGCGAAAGUACGCAAUUAAGAAACGUUUAACUAAGUUAUUUAUUUAUUCAACGAGUGUGUAUUUAUUAAACCGCGUGUGCUAAGUUUGAUUUUAAGCAGAUAUGGCGCAAGAAAUGAUCUUCUACCCAAAGGAGGCGACUCCACAAACCGUGCCAGCUGGAAACUUUACUUCGGACUAUUUCUCUGCAUACGCAGACGAUUUUGAUCUAUCGCUGCUGACAUCGAGUGACGGCGAAGUUCCAUUAAGUCCGCAGUCGCAGCAGCAGCGCCAGCAGCUACACCUUCAACAGCUGCACUCGAUGCCCCAAAUCGGAGUGAGCGCCUCCUUGCAGUACAUUCCUGCAACGAUAUUCCACGACGUACCGGCUACGGUGCAGCAAACUCUACAACAAAUGAAACAGGAGAAAUCGUCGAACUGGGCCGAGAACAUUGCAGAAUCCACGUUGAAGUCGGCCUUAUUGGAGCAGCUUCAGGCAGGACCUCAGUACCAGUACUAUUCCAGCCCCCUGCUGAGUCCACCGCAGAAGACGUACGCCGUUUUCCCACCAUCACCAACCCCUUCCAUUCCGGACUUCCAGAGCCUUAACUUGCCGCAGGCGACUGGGAAUUUAAUCACCAUCAAACAGGAGUUCUGUUCGCUUCCUCCGUCACCACCGGAUUCGAACGGAGCUCCUUCACCCGUUCACUGCAGUGAGAUCAAAACCGAGUUCGACAUCGAACCUACAAUCGAUAUUGAUUCCCUGCUGGGCUCUCCGAAACAACCCAAGGAGGAACCAUUUGAUAAGCCCCAAGGUUUCAACAUUCUGCGGGAACACCUCCAGGACACUGGACCGCAACGUAAAUUCAAUCAAAAACCCGUUGAGCUAGAAUCAUUCAUCGGGGGCAUGAGCACGCAUGCUGAUCUCGAUACGAUCUUCGAACUUGCCCUGCAGGAAGCCCGCGAUGGAAUCCAGGCAACAUGCACUCUUCUUGGAAUCUCCCCCGAUCCCCUACAAUGGACUUCGGAUCAAGUCCAACAGUGGAUCCAACUAAUGAUGAACAAGUACAACCUACCACCGCUAAUCAACACCGCUGCCUUAUUCCCGGAAAACGGCGACCAGUUAAUUCUUCUCACGAUGGACGAAUUCGUACGGCGUAUUCCGCAGGGAGGUGACAAACUGCAUGGACAGCUGGAGCUCUGGAAGCAAAUCUUUCGCUCAACGAUUGUUGCUACCAGCACCAGCAUCGGGGGUGGAGGCGCGCCAGUGGGGGAUGCUGUUCCUGUUGCUGGUGGUCCAGCAGUGGUCCAACUGCCCCCAUCAACGAUUAUGGUGGUGCCCCAGCAGCAACAGCAACAACUGCAACCGCAGCAUCAGCAGCAGCAGCAGCAGGAUUCCGUCACAUUUGAUGUGGAUUCCGGCAACGAUGAUAUCAGUGAUGAUGACGAUGAAGACAUGCCCCUGGAAGGAACCGCCAAUCCGACCGGCCCAACCACAUCCGGUGGCCCAACCACCACCGGAAGUAAUCCCACCACCGGCAAACCCCGCCAAGGUGGAUCCCACAUUCACCUGUGGCAAUUCCUGAAAGAACUCCUGGCGACGCCGGAACAGCACGGAACCGCCAUCCGGUGGAUCGACCGUACCAAGGGUGUCUUCAAGAUUGAAGAUUCCGUCCGGGUAGCUCGUUUGUGGGGACGCCGCAAGAAUCGCCCUGCCAUGAACUACGACAAACUGUCCCGCUCGAUUCGGCAGUACUACAAAAAGGGCAUCAUGCAGAAAACCGAACGCUCCCAACGGUUGGUCUACCAGUUCUGUCAUCCCUAUUCGCUGUAAAUGUGGACGCAAGCGUAGCUUCGAGAGUGCAAUGUGAUUUAUUUGGAUGCGCGCGAACGAGUUUGAAUCCGAGUGUUUGUUUGUUUAUUCUAAGCUAUUUUAAGUUAUUUACCAUAGCGAGUGUGCGAAAUGUGAGCGUCGGAAAAAUCUCUUCCAGGAGAAAAUUAUGACUCACCGAUACUAGGUGAAAAAUUUUCUUCCAGAAAUCGAUUUUCCCCAGUGCGUGUAUGCCUGAGUAGAGCAUAAGCAGCAAAAAUCACUCUUUUGUAUUAUCGCACCAACCUCCGUCUGGCGGCAAGUGGUAUUAACUUGUCACGCGGAAGAUAAUAUUCGUAAAACGAUGUGAUUUAUAAUUUAGUCAACAGCCGUGCAGGAGGACGCUUGUUGUAGUUUUUAAGUCAGAAGGCCAAGUAUGCAACCGCGCACUGUCUGUCUGUCUAUCAUCUGUUCGCCCAAGUCCGGUGAGCUGCCGGAGCGUUAGUACAACGUCACGAGCGGAUUACCGGGAGCGUAGCCCACAGAAGCAGCAGCAGUUGCCGAGCAGGCCGGAAUCUCUAUCGCAAAGAAUCUCAAACAUGUUGUUCGACAAUGUGGGAAGCUUUAGGUGCGGUUACUCUCGGACUCACAGCGGUAUUUGCCCAUCAAGACGGAAUCAACGUUAGCCGAGUCCACCCGAAGGACGGGGAAGGUAAUUUCUUCGCUUCGUUUGGGAGCGGACAAACGGCGUGAUUCUCGAAACGAUGGAUAAAUCCAACCGGGAGGAUCCAGCAACCGAAGCGAACGAUCCCGAAUAGUAUGAGAUCUGAUUUGAACAUUUCGUGUAGGAUUUUUUGCUGUAUUGCUUACCGAAUCAUCCAAUUCUAACGGUCCUUGAACCCCACACGAUCCGUUUGUUGAUCCGAGGGGUGGUAAUAGAAGGGCCGCAGAUUGGGGGUCGGUAAUUUUGGUCCCAUAUAUCUAUGAUAUAUUUUUAUUGUAAGUUCUAUGAACGAUACAAUUAAGAUGGUAUUUAAUCCGGAGUAAAUACAUCGAUUUCAAUUCAUUUCUUCUUUAGAUAAGACUUAAGUUUGCCAAACCAUUGUAAAUAGGAAAAAACGAAAAAUCUUGCUAGGCUAUCGUUGCAAUAUAAAACGUAGAGUAAGGCGAUCGACCUCAUCUGCAGAAUAGGUCGAUCCAAAUUUAGUCGUUUCUAGAAACGAGUCAGAAGUCAGGCCAAAAGCUGUCGAUCGGAAACAAGAGCUCACUUUCCGAUCGAAGGCUUUUCCAUCCCAAUUUCUAACCGAAUAGCUUAUACCAAUUAUGUAUUUUUAAGUGAUGAACUUUGUACCAUCUUAAAAAUCACUUUAAUAAAGAUAAAAAAAAAAAAAAAAAAAAAAAAAA